AUGGUCCUGUUCCUUGGGCCCCUCAUUCAGCUCUCAAUAGACUGUCCCUGGGACUGGGUUGAUGGACUGACGGUCAUGUUUGACCCUCGCUUCUGGGCGCUGUGCCUGAGUGACAUGCGCUGGCUCUGCAACCACGUGACCACACCCCUGACAGAGGAGCUGGUGUUCCGGGCCUGUAUGCUGCCCAUGCUCAUCCCUUGCAGCGGCCUGGGGCCAGCCAUGUUCACCUGCCCGCUCUUCUUCAGUGUCGCUCACUUCCACCACGUUAUUGAGCAGCUACGGUUCCGCCAGGGCAGUGUGACCAGCAUCUUCCUGUCGGCAGCUUUCCAGUUCUCAUACACAGCUGUCUUCGGGGCCUACGCAGUGUUCGUCUUCAUUAGGACAGGACACCUGAUUGGCCCUGUGUUAUGCCACUCCUUCUGCAACUACAUUGACUUCCCUGCCAUCUGUGCUGCCCUGGAACAUCCUCAGCGCCUCACAGUUGUCAUCUUCUAUGUGCUGGGUAUGGUGCUUCCUCCUGCUCCUGCACCCCAUGACUGA